AUGGAUUCAAUUAUGAGACCAUUUCAAUUUUAUCCGACUUAUGUUUUUGAUGAAGCAAAGCAUAAAAUAGAUGUGGUCGCUAAGGAAUAUCUUCAAAAAGCGAGUGAUGACACACAUCAUCUUGUUCCUAUUGACGUUCCUGGCGAUGAACAUUGUUUAUACCAUUCUAUUGUUCUUUUGAUGAACAAUCCAUUAGUGACGACCACUGAAUUGCGAGUUCGAACGGUUAUUGAACUUAUAAUCAAUGAAAACUAUUACGAUACCAUGUAUUUACAACAUGCAGGAACUACCGAUAUUAUUAUUCAAGCAGCUUGCAGAAAGGGAAUGUGUUCUGAAUUACAUGAAAUUGCUGCAUUAUGCAAUGUACUACAAUGUAACAUACGAAGUGUUUAUCCAAAAAUUGAUUUUCAAUAUUAUAAGGCAAUUUGGGAUAGCGUCUUUACACCUAUUCCACCUGUUAUUGGCAAUUGUAACAUUGCAAUCUUAUGGUCAAACACUUUGCACGAAAAAGAUGCUCGAGAAACGUAUAAUGGUACAUGGAGACCAAAUCAUUUUGUUCCACUUCUGUCGCCACCUAUUCUUAAUGAAUUUAGUAGUCAAUCAGUGUCACUUGUUGUAACUCCUGAAAAGAAGACGUUCAAGAACAAUGCAGUUACUCAAAUAAGAGUACCUGAAUUUCAGUCUUCUCUGAGUAGACGAUUACGAAGUGAAGACAACAGCGGAAAUGAUUUCGUUCAAACAAAUGUUUCAAGUACAAUGGAAAAGGAAAAGGACGAUAAGGAAGAAAGACGUCAAAUUCAACUUCAGAAGAAAAGAGAACGAAGCCGAUCCAGUCGAAUGAACGAAACAGAAGAACAUCGACAAAUUCGUCUACAGAAAGAGAAGGAACGAAGUCGCGCGAGCCGAAUGACUGAAACAGAAGAACAACGACAAGUUCGGCUUGAGAAGAUGGAUGAAAGAAAUCAAUCGAGUCGAGCAAAUGAAUCCGAAGAGCAGCGUCAAAUUCGACUUGAGAAGAUGAAAGAAAGAAAUCAAUCGAGUCGAGCAAAUGAAUCCGAAGGACAACGUCAAACUCGACUCGAGAAAAAACGAGAGCAAACUCAACGUACACGAACAAAUGAAUCACGAGAACAACAUCAGAUCCUACUCGAACAGCAAAAGAAACGAAGUCAAGCGAAUAGAACUAAAAAGAAACAUGAAAAUGUUGGUAGUGGAAAAAACUAUGUUCGCUCACCUUGGCCUGAACCAAUUGCUCGUGAUUUAAAAGAAACUCGUUUGCAGCAAUUUUUAGAACAGAUGUCUAUGUCAAAAUUGGCUGAAGCGACUUGUGCAGUUUGCAAUAUCCGCACUCCAGCAAAAGAUGCGAAAAAAAUACCCAUCUCUAAAAUUCCUAAUAUUGAUUUGCUUAAAGCUUCUGAAGAACUCAAAACUUUAAUUAAAAAUUCAACUGAAAAUACUGCUACUCUCAUCGAUGAUAACAAUACACGUACGACAUCACACAUUAAAAGUAUGUAGAAUUAAAUUGAUUCAGAAAAUUUACAGAAUUGUUUUUUUUAGAUCAGUCAAAUUUUGGUUU